AAUAAAACCAAAAGAGGAAGUAAAUUUGUAUCAAAUUUCCUUAAAAAAACUAAAAAAGAAAGUAAAUUUAAAGUCAUCAACAUCAUAUGUCUUUAAAGACAGAAAAAUAGACAAUUAAUAUACUCACAUUUUUUACAGGAAAUUAAUUUUAAGAAUGUCACUGAAACCUGAUUAUUACCAGACUGUAUCACUGAAACUGUCAGAGGUGCUCAAUGAUAUUGGUGUCCAUGAGAGAAUGAUUCUGAAAAGGAGGAGGAUGUACUUGUUGAAGGAAACUAUGUCGACUUGUACAGAGAGAUUGCUGGGCAGGAACCUUUCCAUCUAUCAUUUUGGUAGCCAGUCUGAAGGGUCUACAACUAUAGGACUCGAUUCAGAUACUGAUACACUUACGUGCCAUAAGUGUAAUGUGAUACAGCACUGGGGUGAGUGGCAACCUGACAGGCGUAAUCUACUGAUGAUACAGGAUGAGACCACAUCACCUGGUUACUGUCUACUACAAUGUCUGAGGAAUGACGAGCCUCUUCCUAUUUGUACUGCCGUACUUGAUCAUGAACCAGACAUAUAUCAUACAGUUAUCGGAGACAAAUUGCUGCUGAAGAACACACUUUACAGAAAUGUUGCUGUAGAAGGAAGUGUUAUAAAUGGUCCUGCUGCAUCAAUGCAAGGAUUACCUGGUUUUUCUGAUCAAGAUUAUGUUGCAGCACUCCACUGUAACUCAUGGCCUGCAGAAGCCCAACCAUGGUUAUUAAGACAAGGUAUAGGAAGAUGGCCUACAGAGGAUGUGAAGAGAUAUUGUGAGAAUACAGGAUGUUUUGUUGUACCAGUGAGCAGUAAAAAUGGCCAGCAUGAAGAACUUGAAUGGAGAAUAUCUACUUCCCAGGCUGAAAGAUGUCUAAUGUUCAGUUUAAACAUCACACAAUUAAGAUGUUACAUUUUGAUGAAGAUGAUUCUUAAAACAUUCAUAAAUCCUGGGUGUAAUGGUGUCCUUUCAAGUUUCAUGUGUAAAACAGUUUUAUUUCAUUGUAUACAGAAUACACAUUCAAAUAACUGGGUGCAAUCUAACUUACUCCCAUGUUUGAUGUGCUGCCUUACAGUACUGAAGAACUUUGUUAGACAAGAAAACUGUCCGCAUUUUAUCAUACAUGAAAACAACCUUAUGUCUGAAAGAAUUUCUCUUCUUAACAAAUAUAAAAUCCUUGAAAUCCUACAAAAUAUCAUACAAAGUGAGGGCCAUGCACUGCUGGAGAUUCCCAUUGAUGACCUUGGUACAAGACUAAUGGUGAAAAUGAACAUAGAUGGAGCUUUUCAGUAUCAUAAAACUCCAGCCCAAAUACAUGCCCAAAUUUCAGCACAACUGCUACUUGAUAUUGCUGGUUCAGUAGGUGCCAGUCACAAGUUCCUUAAUGAAGAAAUUAAUCAUGAUGAUGGAAAUGCGAUAGUGCGUGAGAAUUUAUCAAACAUUAUUUUAACACUAACUAAAAUGUACAGAGAAGUGGGUUUUAGGAGUUUAGAAAAAUCUGCACUGAAGCUUUUAGCACCUCCACUUUCAUCUUCCCUAGGAUCUGUGAUAGCAUCUCACAACAUUUACACUGCUCACAGUAUAUCUCCAGACGCACUGGCCUGGUUUUCAGCUGGUUUGAACUCAGAUGUGGCAUCUGGUAGACUGAAACUUGCAUCAGCAUUAUACUGUGUAGGAGAUAUGGAAAGAGCAGAGUUUGUUCUGAGGAAUACUAAAGAAAAGUAUGAUCUGAAUACUGUUGAACCUGAAUGUGAAUGUUACAAUCAUCCCUUGAAUUACCCAAGGCAAGGAUUCAUGCAUAAAUUUAACACUGGAAAUGAAGAACUAAUACAACAUAAAACAGCAUUUUGUGUUAGAUUUCUGCAGUGUGAAAUUAACUGUGUUCCUGAAGAGCUACAGUAUGAAAUGUUUAGAUCUACACAAGAGGACAGGCUUGAAAGGGAUGAAUUAUCUGACACUUGGAUGGACUGUGCUGUGGUAGACUGUCUCCCUUACCUCUACUUCCUACAAUACAAGACUUACAGGGCUCUUCAGAGAGUGGCAGAUCAACAAUGUGCACUUGCAAAUCUUGUCACUACCAUUGAAACAGAAUUAAACCUAGGUCACAGGGAAACAGCACUUAACUUACUAGGACAGUGUAUGGAAAAGGAAAACCGACAUAUUGAUGCUUUACACUGCUAUAUGAUAUCUUUGAAUAUGCGAGCAAGAAACAAUGCCGCAAAUUUUCUUAUUUGUAGACUUCUAAAUGAAAUCGUAAACUGAGUUGAACAGGGUAUUCCAUGGAACAGACAUAUCUACAUAAAGAUACUGUACGUUGCUAUCCAUGGAACACGCAUAUCUACAUAAAGAUACUGUACGUUGCUAUCCAUGGAAGACGCAUAUCAACAUAAAGAUACUGUACGUUGCUAUAAAACACUCUUAUGAAUUAUCUAUUAUUCAUACAAGUACUAUACAGGCAAUGUAGAGGACUCAGUGUUUAAGUCAAUCAUGAAGAAAAACUGUAUGAACAGAUGUACACUAUACACAAACAAACACUGUAUAAUGACAGUGUGCUUGACUAUUUGAGUCCCCUCCACACAAACAACAGCUUUACCAAAAUUUUCUUUAUAAAUGGAAAACAAUUUGUAAAUAGGCAAAAUAAAAUCUAAUUCACAAUUGUCAUUUCACAAUGUUGAUUACUAUUGAAGAGUUUCAGAUUAUUGCAGUUCUGUUAACAUGUUUAAACAACAGUUAUCUAAUAUCACAAUUUCUUACCACGGAAGACAUAAAUAACAUUUCAAACCAACCUCAUUAGAAACUGCUAAGGUAUAUUUAUUUUCACAAAAACAAAGGGAAGUAAUUUGUCAUAUAUUCAGUCAAUACGUAUCUUCACCGAUUGUCCAAGUCCAUCUAAUGGCAAACAUGAAAUCUCAGAUCAGUAUCUUAUCAGUUACAGAGAUAUACCCAUUUUAAUUUGAAAUAAAAGGAGGUAAUUUGACAUAAAUCAAUCCAUAGUUAUCUACCCUGAUUGUCUCAGUCCAACUAAAGACAAUAAUGAAAUUUCAAAUGAGUCCUACAAGUACUUACUGAUAUAAAUCCAUUUUAGUUAAAAUCAGGGGAGGUAAUCAGAUAACAAGAGGGCCAUGAAGGCCCUGUAUCGCUCACCUGACCUAGGAAUCAUCAAGAUUAACAUUCUGACCAAAUUUCAUUAAGAUAUGGUCAUAAAUGUGGCCUCUAGAGUGUUAACUAGCUUUUUCUUUGAUCUGACCUGGUGACCUAGUUUUUGAUCCUACAUGACCUAGAUUCAAACUGGACCUUGAGAUAAUCAAGAUUAACAUUCUGACAAAGUUUCAUGAAGAUACAGUCAUAAAUGUGACCUCUAGAGUGUUAACAAGCUUUUCCUUUGAUUUGACCUGGUGACCUAGUUUUUGACCCUAGAUGACCCAAUAUUGACUUCGUCCAAGAUUUUAUUUAAGGUAACAUUCUGACCAAGUUUCAUUAAGAUUGGGCCAAAAUUGUGACCUCUAGAGUGUUAACAAGCUUUUCCUUUGAUUUGACCCGGUGACCUAGAUUUUGAUCCCAUAAGACCCAGAUUCGAACUUGACCUAAAGAUCAUCAAGACUAACAUUCUGACUAAGUUUCAUGAAGAUACAGUCAUACAUAUGGCCUCUAGAGUGUUAACAAGCUUUUCCUUUGAUUUGACCUAGUGACCUAGUUUUUGACCCCAUCAGACCCAGAUUUGAACUUGGCCUAUAUAUCAUCAAGAUUAACAUUCUGACCGAGUUUCAUUAAGAUAAGGUCAUAAAUGUGGCCUCAAGAGUGUUAAUUAGCUUUUCCUUUGAUUUGACCUGGUGACCUAGUUUUUGACCCUACAUGACCCAGAUUCAAACUGGACCUUAGGAUCAUCAAGAUUGACAUUCUGACCAAAUUUCAUGAAGAUACAGUCAUAAAUGUGGCCUCUACAGUGUUAACAAGCUUUUCCUUUGAUUUGACCUGGUGACCUAGUUUUUGACCCCUAAUGACCCAAUAUCAAACUCGCCCAAGAUUUUAUUGAGGGUAACAUUCUGACCAAGUUUCCUUAAGAUUGGGCCAAA